UAAAUAUUCGUUGAACUGGAUUUAAAUGCUCUACAUGUGAAUGUUAUUGGUAGAUAUGGAAAGUGCUUCAUUGAUGUUGCAAUAGUUGCAAGUAAAACCUUAUUUUUACUAUUUUAUACUUAUAUUUGGGAUAUCUCUUCAAUGCUUCCCUUCAGACACUUGUGCAUGUUUCACACUGGAUGUUGGAUGCGAAGGAUACGAAAAAUAGACUAAAAGAGGAAGUAAAUGGACUAAAAGAGGAAGCAAAUGGACUAAAAGAGGAAGUUAGCUUUCUUGGUGCUGGUUUCUUUACUGCACUUAAAGAUCAAACUCACACCGAUAUACAGCUCAAGCCAGCCAAUAAUGGGCUUUCCAUGCCCGCACAUAGAGCUUUACUGGCAGCAAGAUCACAAAUCUUUAAAAAUAUGCUAGACUCAGAUGUAUGUAAAGUGCCACCAAUGGACACCCUAACACUGUCAGAGUUUAACUAUGAAGAGCUCGAGUGCCUUUUGGAAUUCCUCUAUAUUGGGAGCUUGCCUAAAGAAAAAGUGGAGAAGCAUGUAUGCUCUUUGUCACUAGCAGCCAAUAAGUAUGAAAUCUCAUACUUACAGAAGUUUUGUGACCGUCACAUGUUUAGGUCUAAGAAUACAUCCAAUGCUCUUGAUUUUUUAGAGAUCUCAGAUAUUUGUUCUAACAUAUCCCUGAAGGAGUCAAUUUUGAACUUCAUCGCCAAAAACAUGGAGGACAUAGCUUUCUCAGAUAGAUAUGAGGAAUUUGCACUCAAGAACCCACAUCUCUGUGUGCAGAUAACAAGGACAUUAGUGAAGAAAGCCAAAAAGAAAUGAUUUCAUGGUAAAGAAUUACUGGACAGAAUGAGAUAUAUGUGUUCAUUUCUCUAGAUAAAAAUAGCUAAGAAUUUGUUGCUAUGGAAUGUUAUUGUUUGUACACAGACUUUGUUUUCUUAAUGACAUAUUACAUAU